UCUUUGACCAACCGUGCAGUUACAGAACCAGCUCUUUAACUGCAGUUGUGUUUCAAGGAUCUUCAUUGGCUUUAAAACCAAGAAGAUGGGAACUCAUCUGGUUUUGGUUCUGCUGUCCAUCUGCAGCCUCUCCUUUAGUCAAGAAUGUAAUCGACAGCUUCAGGAGAAUGUGGAUUUCCCAGGAACAGACAUUAAAUUUUUCUACGCUGCUGAUGUUGAACACUGUCAGCAGCUUUGCACCCAGCACCCCUCCUGUCUCUUCUUUACCUUUGUUCGGGCUGACUGGACCAGAGACAACAGGCACUUCUACUGCUACCUGAAGAACACCCCCUCUGGAAAGCCCAAAGUUCAGACUCCUCUGCUGGGUGUCACCUCUGGAUAUUCUCUCAAAUCCUGCCACCCAGAAGCAGAGCCUUGUCUGUCUAAGGUGUACCAGAACGUGGACUUCUCAGGGGGCGACUACCGAACCUUCUUCACAGCAGACUAUGAGGAGUGUCAGAGAGCCUGCACACAGGACCCUUCCUGUCACUUCUUUACUUUUGUCAAUAAGGCCUAUACACCAGAGAGGAUCAGGUACAUGUGUCACCUUAAAUUUAGCUGGUCACUACCAAAGACUCCUAUUGUAGAAAAAACAGUUGGUGUAACAUCUGGAUUCUCCCACAACACAGCAUUAUCUCAUGUGUCUAAAGCAGCAUGUGAGGGUAAACUUUUUCAAACCGCCGACAUCCCAGGAAGUGACAUCGAGGUUUUUCCUGCUGCCUCUCCUGAACACUGUCAGGCCCUGUGCUCUGCUCAUCAUUCCUGCACCUUCUUCUCUUAUUCCAGUAAUAACUUCAAUUGUCACCUGAAGGACAACAAAAAUGAAAUGGUGAUGGUAGCCAAACAAGGAACCACAUCUGGAUUACCAGCACGCUUCUGUCAGCCAGAUAACAACUGGGUUAAGGUCCCUCAAGUUGGAGUUGAUUUCCGAGGUUCUGAUAUCCGCUUUGAGCUGAUGGACGAUGCAGACACAUGUCAGAGGACCUGUACUCAGGAUCCUAACUGCCAGUUCUACGCAUAUGCCAAUGAAAAGUUCUAUGACAGAGCUUACCGGCGCCGCUGCUAUCUGAAGCGUGUCAUCACCAUGCCUAAUCCUCCUAAAGUUACCAAACUGACCAAUGUUGUAUCAGGGUUCCACCUGAGGAACUGUGUGUAGACUGCUCUACACCAGUUAGUUCUCAACCUUUUUGAGUCGCGACCCCCAAUUUAACAUGCAUGUUGUCCGUGACCCCCGCUCACUGAACAGAAUCUCACACACACAGUUCAGAUCACCCAAAAAAGAAACAAAAUGACCACAAAAUGACUAAAAAGACACAAAAUGACCAAAAAAAAGGAAACAAAAUGACCAAAAAAGGAAACAAAAUUACCAAAAAAGACACAAAAUUACCAAAAAAGACACAAAAUUACCAAAAAAGAAACAAAAUGACCAAAAAAUGACAAAAUGACAAAAAAAAGACACAAAAUGACCAAAAAAGGAAACAAAAUGACCAAAAAAUGACACAAAUUGACCACAAAAUGACCAAAAAAGACACGAAAUUACCAAAAAAAGACACAAAAUGACCAAAAAGAGACAAAAAAUGACCAAAAAAAUCCCAGAAAUGACCAAAAAGACUAAAACACAUUAACACAUGAACAUUUUGACACAGUGGAGACAGAGGUGACUUCCAAAAUGAUUUGGCGACCCCCAGAAAUCAUCUCGCGACCCCAAUUGGGGUCCCGACCCCAAGGUUGAGAAUAGCUGCUCUACACACACGCACACACGCAUGCACACACAAACACACACACACACACACA